AUGGCCGCUGCUGUCACGAUUCAACCGCCCCUCUCCCGUAGGGGCCACGGUCCGGGUUUGCUUAUUCUGGUAGAGCAGGGCAUCAAUCUGUCCAAACACGACAACAUCUUGGACCCUCCUCCGGCUCAGAAAUGGGCCGAGGAAGGCUACGCGGUUGCGCAGAUCAUCGUCACGCCCGGAGCCAACGACGUCACAGACUCAGUCUCCUCGGCAAUCGAGAGUCUCAGAGAGCUGGACAGUUGCGACGACAAGGACAAGUUCGGUGCAAUUGUCCUUCUCGCUGCCGCUUCUCAACACGUCGCUGACGCUCUGGAUAAACGUUCUGAGAUCAAGGCCGCCGUCUUCUUCAACUUGGACCAGGCACUCGCAGUCCCUACCCUGUCGCAUCUGCCCGGAACCCAAGCUGAGGCACACAAGGCUAUUUCUACCACCAAGACGUACUCGUAUCCCACAGCCCGUGAUUUCUUCGUCAUCCCGAGCCACCCAAACUUCAAUGCCAAUGCCGCCGGGCUGGCGCACACGCGCACGUUGACGUUCCUCAAGCCGAUACUCGGCGGGCCCUACUUCGACCUCGAAGCCGUCUGGGAGGAACACACUCUCUUCGAGUUUGGCGAGCGAAGUGUCGAUAAGACUAUGGCCACCAUGGUCGAGCAGCCUUAUGUCAAUCAUAUUCCCACGCUUACUGGUGGUGUCGGCCGAGGGCGUUUGACGAAGUUCUACAGAGACCACUUCAUCUUUAACAACCCAGAUGAUACCGAGCUCGAGCUGGUCAGUCGUACAGUGGGAAUCGACCGAGUCAUUGAUGAGUUCGUCUUCAAGUGUACCCACGAUAGGAUCAUUGACUGGCUACUCCCUGGUGUGCCGCCUACCGGGAAGCAUCUCUCAAUCCCAUUCACCAGCGUCGUCAAUGUACGGGGAGACCACCUUCAUCACGAGCACACCGCGUGGGAUCAGGCGACCGCGUUGCGACAGUUGGCGUUGCUGCCGGAGUAUCUCCCCUUCCCCUACCAGAUCAACGGAAGUGGUCCGGCGACGGGGAAGAAGUUCGAGUUUAGGCUGCCUGUUGCCGGCGUAGAGUCAGCCCAUAAGCUGGUGGACGAAAGUGCAGUCGAGUCGAAUGCCAUGUUUGAGUAUGGAAUAAGAGAGGUCGACGUCUAG